AUGGAUUGGGAAAGGUUCCGGGCGAUUGUCAAAUUACGAAUGGGAUGGCUGCACGUAGAAAAACCCGCGGCUCUCCUGGCGAAGGAGUUCUCAGGGGUCGUAAUUCGCUCUGCGGAGGAAGGCCUAGGGGAGCGUCGCCCCAGGGGGUCGGGGGGGUAUGAAUGGUGGACAUUUGAACUGGAUAAAACUCGGAAGUUGCAAUGCAAACUUAGGCGUGCUUGGCAGAGUAAAAGGCGUCUGGGAGGUAGGUCUGAGGAGUUAGCCAGGAUGCCUUUCCAUAGUGUGCGUGCGAGAUAUAGGACGAUGAUGGUGGAGGCGCAGCAGUCGCAGCACAGGAAGAUUGCCAACUCUGGCAAUGAGGACCCAUGGGGCUUUGCAUACAGGCUCUCCAGCGGCAGGAAUAAACAUUGCAUUGUCACAACAAUGGUUGGGCCUUCAAAAAGACAACUUAAAUUGGAUAAUUUAGAUUCUCAGCCUACUAAGAAAGCUCGUAUUCUAAAUGAUAAUAACAAUAACGAAGAAAAAGUGAAAUCAAAGUACUUAAAAGAUAUAGCUUAA